AUGAUAAUUUCAAAUAACAAUGAAUUAGCAAUUGCAUUGGAUAUGCAAAACAAUCGAUGCUUAAGCUUCUCCUCUAGUACCAGGGUAGUUAUGUUAAGAUUGUUAGACAGUUACUGCGUCAAAACAUUACCACCAAAUAUUCUUUAUAUACCAAAUUUUAUAAAUGAAGAAGAAGAACAAGAACUACUAAAACAUAUUUAUUCUGCCCCAUUACCGAAGUGGGUUUCUCUACGUGGUAGACGCUUACAAAAUUGGGGUGGUAUUCCUCAUGUUAAAGGAAUGUUAGUUGAAAACGUUCCACAGUGGCUACAGAAGUACAUGGAUCGUGUUUCUGAAUUGUGUUUAUUUGAUAAUAACAACAAUAAUAAGGCGAAUCAUGUUUUGGUGAAUGAAUAUGAACCAGGACAAGGUAUAUUUCCUCAUCAUGAUGGACCACUUUACUAUCCUGUUGUUGCUACAAUCAAUCUGAAUUCUUAUGGAAUUCUGGACUUUUAUGAGCCGUUAGAUACUUCUGCAGACCCACAAACAAAGUCAACGUUAUUUAAUGAUCGUUAUAUUGGUUCAGUUUAUUUGAAACCUCGUAGCUUAAAUAUUGUUACUGAAAAAAUGUAUACACAUUAUAUGCAUGGGAUUACUGAACGUACAACUGACUUAUUAAUAAAUUAUGAAGAUUGUUUGAAACGUCCUGAGGAAUCGGUUGAAUAUGCUGCUAUUAUUCAUAAUUGGACUGCUAGCGAUUUGGGAAGUAUUCACUCACAGUUAUGUCAUCGUGGUAAACGUGUUUCAGUAACUAUACGCUAUGUGCCCAAUAAUUUCAAGUUACGGAUUGCCUCGUGA